CUGCUAUAGUUAGCAGCCUAUCCAGGACCUGGCGGGGUGGGACCUCCGCUGCUCCCACGCCAAGCCGGCUGCCGGACAAUCCCCACUAACAAGUCCAGGGGCGACGAGACGAGCAGAUGGAGAGACUCGACAACCUGUUGACAACACCAUGACAUAGAACUACAGCUCCCAAGAUAAGCCCAUUCACUUUUUUUUGAUUUACGUUUAUUAUAAGUGCGCUGUCUGUGUACGCCGCCCCUCUGGGAGGAGGAACGUGUCGGUCCUGACAAGUUAAGUUUUCAAAGCUUCUUACCGCGAAAGUGAAACAGCGGUGUGUGACAUGUUGUUUUCCCACACGAGUUCUGCAGCAGCCUACUGUACCGGACAAACUUGGAAGGAUUCAAACUCGGAAAUAAAAAAAGAAACGAAUGGAGAAGAUGACACAUGCGAAGUUGUUCUCGAAGCCCGCUCUUGCCAACGCUCGUUGGGUUCAAUGGAAAAGUGAAGUUUGGACGCUUCGCCACAAUACGGAGAGCAGCAGGUGACGCGGACCCGUGCAGCGGCAGAAGCAGCCCCGCUGAAAGACUCCGGGCUGUACCGUCACCAGCGGUUUCACAAAAGGGACCAGUGAAAUGGUUUCGAGUUGUCAUACAAACUUGGAAAGACAUAACUUAAAGGGGACCUUUUUUUUUUGGUCUUUGAUUCUUCAACGACAACAAACCAACAUGCAACUGUUGAGUUUACUGUGUGUCAUGGUUGCGUUUUGGAAGUCGUGCUUGACCAACAGGAGCUGUCCGGAUCUGAUCAUUGACAGCUGUCACUGCCCCGCUGAGAGGUCAAAGCAAUUAAGCAGACUUCCGGUUCGCAUCAAAGUGGUGUGUGAUGAUGUGGAGUUAAUGGAUACAUUACAGCCCAGCUUUCUGCCGAACCAAACUGUCGCCCUGAUCCUGAGCAACAACAAGAUCUCCCUCCUGAGGAACGGCUCCUUCUACGGGCUGGCUGCGCUGGAGAAGCUGGACUUGAGGAAUAAUUUGAUAAGCACAGUGGAGCCGGGGGCUUUCCGAGGUCUAGUGGCUUUGAAGAAACUGGACCUCUCCAACAACAGGAUCGGCUGCCUCUCCGCCGAGAUGUUCCUAGACCUGGGAGCCCUCUCCAAACUGAAUCUAUCUGGAAAUAUUUUUUCCACGCUGACCGUGGGGCUGUUCUCUCACCUGGCUGCUCUCAAAGUGCUCCACCUGGCCUCCGAGACGCUGUACUGUGACUGCCAGCUGGAGUGGCUGCUCCUGUGGGCCAGGGCCAACGCGGUGAGGCUGGGGAACGACACCGUGUGCAGGUACCCCACCCACCUGCAUGGCCUGCAGCUCCGCCACCUCAGAGAGCAACAGCUCCGAUGCGACGGGGCCCUGGAGCUGCCCCUCUUCCAGCUGAUCCCCUCCCAGAGGCAGCUGGUGUUCCGGGGCGACCGGCUGCCCCUGCAGUGCACCGCCUCCUACCUGGAGCCCUCGGCUCAGCUGCACUGGAGCCACAACGGGCGCGCCGUGGCCACGCACGAGGAGCGCGCCAUCUACCUGGAGGACACGCUGCUGCACGACUGCUGCCUGCUCACCAGUGAGAUCUUCCUGUCCAACAUUGACGUGGGCGUAGCUGGCGUCUGGGAGUGCCAGGUGAUCAGUUCCCGUGGCAACAGGUCCCGUCAGAUGGAAAUUGUCGUGGUGGAGACGUCAGCCACGUACUGCGCAGCCGACAGAAUGAGCAACAACAAGGGGGACUUCAGGUGGCCGAAGACCCUGGCCGGCAUCCUGGCCUUCCUGCCCUGUGCCCCGUCUACGUUUGGCUCUGCGCCACACCUGGCCGGUCACGCCCCCGCCCGACACAACCCGCAUCGUCAGCAGCGUCCCCCGCCCCAGCGGGCGGCCCCCCGGCCAGAGAAGAAGGCGUGGCGGCGGUGCGACCGGGCCGGCCGCUGGGCCGAGGAGGACUACACCCAGUGCCCCUACGCCAGCGAGCUGACCCGCGCGCUGCACGAGAACACCCAGAUGACCAUCAACGGCAGUAACGCUAGGCCCUUGGGGCAGCAGUUGGUGGUGCUCACCAGCAGGGCGGCGCUGUUUACCGACGUAAUGGACGUCAUCUUCGUCACGCACCUGGUGGAGAGGCUCACCCGGCUGGCCGAGAAGCACAGAGAUCUGGGGGGCUACGUGUGGGACAUCGCCAGCAACAUGAUGCUGGUGGAGGAGCACGUCCUGUGGAUGGCACAGAACGAGGCGCGGGCCUGCACCCGCAUCGUCCAGUGUGUGGAGCGCAUCGCCGACAUGGCUCUGACCACGGACCACCAGGUCGUAUCCAAGGUGUCUGCGAACAUCGCCCUGGAGGCCAUCAGCGUGCGUCCGGCCUCCUCCCCGGGUCUGUCCUGCGUGGUGAUCCAGCAGGCCGUCUCCCCCUCCUCCUCCUCCUCCUCCUCCUCCGCCCCCCACGCCCCCCGCCCCAAUGGCAACCGUCGCCGCCAGCACUCUCAGCGGGACGUGGGCGACAGAGACCCGGACCCCGAGGAGGCGGCCGGCUCGCUGCUCAGCAUCCAAUGUCACGUGCUCAACGGAAGCAGUCUGCCCCCGCCGGCCAAUCAGCUGGGCAAGAACUCAGUGGCAGUCGCCUCGAUCCAUGUACCGCUGGCUGCUCCGCCUGUCUCCUCCGCGGUGCAAUCUGUUGAUAACUCCACUUGCAAUCUGCAGUUUAUUGUCUUUCGCAAUGGGAAACUCUUCCCUUGCACGGGGAAUUCGUCAAAUCUUGCAGAUGACGGGAAACGUAGGAGCGUUUCAACACCAGUUGCUUUCACCAAAUUAGAUGGGUGCAUCCUCGGAACCGCCGUGCAAUCCGUUACCAUUAAUCUCAGGCACUUCGCACUGGGUGUAGACCCCACUGCCGCCUACUGGGAUUUCGACCUACUCGAUGGGCACGGUGGUUGGCGGGCAGAGGGGUGCCACAUAACUGGCUCCGCGGGCAACACGACCACCAUUCAUUGCACUCAUCAUAAUAACUUUGCUGUGCUAAUGGAUCUGAAGAAGGUGCUGUCGUUCCCCCCGUACCCUGGGGAGUUUCUGCACCCGGUCGUGUAUGCCUGCACGGCGGUCAUGUUGCUCUGCCUCUUCGCCUCCAUCAUCACCUACAUUGUACACCACAGCGCGAUCCGCAUCAGUCGGAAAGGAUGGCACGUGCUUCUCAACUUCUGCUUCCACACGGCUCUGACCUUCGCUGUGUUUGCCGGUGGCAUCAAUCGAAUCAAAUACCCUAUCAUCUGUCAAGCAGUGGGCGUGGCACUCCACUACUCCACCCUCUCCACCAUGCUGUGGCUGGGGGUGACGGCCAGGAACAUCUACACGCAGGUGACCAAGAAGCCCCCCCAGAGCCAGGACGGAGCCCCGCCCCCCGCUCGCUCCCGCCAGCCCCUCCUUAGGGCUGUGUCCACAGGGCUGUGUCCACAGGGCUGUGUCCACAGGGCUGUGUCCACAGGGCUGUGUCCACAGGGCUGUGUCCACAGGGCGGCCUCGGGAGCCACAUGCCACCGUCACCCCUGCUAA